CAUCUACAUUUGCUCAGUUGGGCAUGUAUAUACAGCUACUCCUCAGCCCGAGUUCAAUGUCAGCGAUAUCCUUCUCAUCAGUUUCUGAUUACACUCGUUUGCUUCCAAUCACUUGCUUAUUGCUCUUCCCCUGAACACUCAUUGAUCACCAUGAAGUCCAAGAGUAUCAUGGCCGCUUCAACAGUGAUGGAGCUUGCUCUUGCCCAAGCUUCUGCUGAUCCUCUUUGCUCUACCAUCAUCAAUCUUCAGCCUAUUGAAUAUCGAUUCCAGCAGCCUGUUCUCAUCGACUCCUACUUCCCUGCCAACACUGACAUUGUCCUCGAUGAUGGCCACGUUGUACAUGUCACCAAUGCUCCAACCUCUUUGAGCACUGUUCUGACGGAUGUCUCGACAAGCUCGACUACACUGACCAGUGCUUCCAACGGCAACGGCAAUCCGCCAGACGGAGGCUAUCUCACCUUCACCGUUCCUGCGAACCCUGAUGAUAUUGGCAAUCAUCCUGUCACCAAGACAUAUCCCCCAACUGAGCCCGGCCAGCCGGGCAUUGUGGUCAUUCAGGUUCCAACAUCUCCUCCUGGAGCUGAUGGCAUCCCUACCUCUUCUGUCCCAUACGUGACGGUCACUACCACUGGAGACUUCCCUUCUCUUACCGGCCCUGUCACGACUACUAUCACUCCUGAUGAGCCAGGAGCAACCGGUAGUGUUAUUAUUGAGAUCCCCAACACCAAGAUUGCUUCUCCCUCAGCACCUUAUGUUACCGUCACUACUCCAGGAAGCCUUGCCCCAACUGACGCCCCUCGCACAAGCACUAUUCCUCCCAGUAACCCUACGGAUCCUGGCACGGUUAUUGUUGUGGUUCCAAGCUCCCAGGCUUCAUCUGUUUCCUCGAUCCCAUUUGUUACUGUUACCACCACUGGUAGUACCCUCAACCCAACGGAUGAUCCCAUCACGUCGACUAUUUCCCCAUCUGGGUCAACAGGUUCCGGCACUGUCAUAGUGGAGGUUCCGCCUUCCAGUUCCCCUAGCGGCUCUGGCGCAUCCUCCUCCCCUGUCUCUUUCGUUACCCGCACUGUUACUGGAGACGAUGGUAAUGGUGAGCCCUCUACGACUACUAUCACCCCCACCGCAAGCUCUGGUCCCGGGACCGUUAUUGUUGAAGUCCCGCCCCCCACCAACAGCCCCUCGGCUACAUCACCUGGAAGCAGCAGGCCUGGAGGUCCUGAUUCCUCUGGAACUAGCAGCUCUGCUAGUCAGGGGCCUAGCGAUAGCGCCGCUCCAUCUAGUAGCACUGGCGAUGCUGGACCAUCCUCAUCUGUGCCGGAGUAUUCUAGUCGCAGUCGAGCGACUACAGAUGAUGCUGCUUCGAGCACUUCCGCCAGCGCACCUGCAAGUAGUUCAGCUGCAUCAUCAAUCACGCAGUCUGAGACACCAUCCAGUGCUGGCGCAGAGACGAGCACCCCUGCCACUUCUCCUGCUUCAUCUUCUGCCCCUUCAACGAGCGAUGCAGAUACCAGCUCUCCUGUCAACCCUACCACCUCCAGCCCUGCUUCGUCAGCAGCUACCUCUGCCCCUGGUUCUUCCACAGAGUCCGCUCCUAGCUCAUCCACCAGUGCAGCGGCCGCGAACUUUGAUCCUUGCCCCGACAGUCUCUAUGGAAACCCUCAGUGUUGUUCCGUCGACGUUCUUGGGGUUGCAGACGUUGAAUGCGAUUCACCCACCGAGUCUCCUACCGAUGCCGAUAACUUCCAAGCCAUCUGCGCAGCUAGUGGUCAGCGAGCUCGAUGCUGUGUCCUCCCUGUGCUUGGCCAAGCUCUUGUUUGUUUGACUCCAGUUGGCGUAUCGAACUAAACUCAGCUUUAUAUUUUCUUUUGGGAGAAGAUCUGGACUUGUGGUAAUGGGAGAACUGUAAGAUGAUAUUCUGGAGGGACUGGGCUGGUGGCUUACGAGAGGCUUUUUGGAAGCCAUGCUUGGAAUGGACACAGACCUCGCAAUAUGGAAUGUUUUCUAUGCUCUAAGUGUGCUUUUUUGACUUAUACAGUAAUUGUAAUACGGAGAGCCGACCUCGUUCUUCAACUCUGAAUGGCUCUGAGCAUUUUCGUUUCCUCAUGAAACAUUUUUCAAGGUACC